CUCGAUGUUUAUUGCUAAUGACACGUGGACUCGUACAAUUCCCUCUCUUUCCCGAGAACUCACUUCUGCAAACGGAGUAGUGACAAUUAAAGAUGUAUAGAACGGCCGCUAAACGGUUACUUUCCGGCACAACCGUGGUUAAGAGUAGCGACGCUCGCUUCAGACUCCGUAAUCUCCAAACAAUCGUUACCAGUACUGGAAUUUGCACCUCGGCAAAUCCUCAAUCAAUCUCCAAUCAAAACCCUAAUAAUCAAAAUCAAAUCCCACGUACCAAACCUAACCAAUCAGAUUCAAACGCGUCAUCAUCUCCAACGUCGUCGUCUUCAAGUGGGCCAACAUCAUUCACGGCUGACGAGGCUCGACGCCGUCACCACCACCACCACGACGAGAGGCGGAUACCGAGAGUUAAGUACCAAGAUGAGCAAGCUCGCGUGCUUCAUGCUUCCCUUCGCCACGUGUUGGGAUGGAGUGAAGAAGCCAUGAUUGCUGGUGCAAGAGACGCCGGUGUCUCCCCUGCUAUCGUGGGAUCUUUUCCUAGAAAAGAUGCCGCGCUAGUCGAGUUUUUUAUGGAUGAGUGCUUACAAAAGCUUAUUGAUCGAAUUGACUCUGGCGAGGAGUUACAAAACUUGGCACCUAGUGAGCGCAUCUCAAAGCUUGUUAGGAUUCGCCUAGAAAUGCAAGCUCCCUACAUUUCAAAAUGGCCCCAAGCACUGAGCAUCCAAGCACACCCAUCAAAUAUUCCAACAAGUUUUAAGCAGCGUGCAAUACUGCUUGAUGAGAUCUGGCACACUGCUGGUGAUGAGGGCUCUGAUAUCAAUUGGUAUGUAAAGCGCACUGUUGUGGGAGGGAUAUACCCAACAACUGAGAUUUACAUGCUGACCGAUAGUUCCACAGAUUUUCGUGAUACAUGGUCUUUCUUGGAUGAUCGAGUGAAAGAUGCCUUUUAUUUCAAGAAGACAAUUCAAGAGGCACAGUACUUGGCUGAAGCUGUUGGUGCUGGAAUGGGGAAUUCUUUGCAAGGAUUUGUGAAGAGAGUUUUUCAGGGCUGAAUCUAUGUUUCGGAGGCUAACAUUUUCCUUUGGCCAGUCUCAUGAUUUGGAAAUUCUUUGCAUAAUUGCUUUUGAUGGGGAUUAAAACUAGGAGGGGAUGCCUUUAAGUUGCAGUACUUUUCCUGGUGUUGCAAGUAUUUUAAAUGUUUGAGGUCCAAGUUCACAUAGGCAUUAUUUGGAAUAAAUUUUUUACAAGAAAAGAAUUCAAUUGAAUUCUUACACAAUUA